AUGAGGACGCUGCUCAGGAACGCACUCCGCGAGCUUCGCCGGCAUUGGCGCUACCUCAUCAUAGCCCAGGCAACCCUCCUCGUCAUCUUCCCUCUCUUCUUCCUCUUCAUCGCACCAUCCGCAGCAUCCACACCCCUCACCGCCCGCAGCUGGGGCGGCUGGGCUGCGCACCCGCAAACAGAGCGCUGCUACAAGCAGGAGCGUAUAGCGACGCUUCUCGCCUUCUGGCUGGGUCCGCUGGGCGUGGACCAGUGGUACGCGCGGCACUGGGUGCUGGCGGUGUUCAAGAUGCUUACGCUGGGAGGGCUGGGCGUGUGGCACGUUGUGGAUGUGAAUUUGUGGAUUGUUGGGGGCAUUUACGGGACCCCCGGGUGUCCAGGGGGCAGUGGUAAGGCGUGGGCUUACUAG